AUGGUAUAUUCUAUGAGCUUCGUGUGUAUCCCGGUGUUGUUGGGCCAGCUCGCAACAAUUGCUGGUUCAUCGCCUCUAGAUGUUCGUGGCACACCCGGCUGGAAUCUCGCUCGUUUUAGAAGCUUGGUUACCUUUGGUGACAGCUAUACUGAUGAGAGCCGGUACAAUUACUUCGCCACUCAUAAUGGCUCUGCUCCGCCUCCCGGUUGGGUUGACCCCCCGAGCAAUGAUACCGCAUCCGGUGGCUACACCUGGGCCCGUUACGUCGCUUUUUCUGCAAAUGUUAGCCUCUACGACUAUGCCGUUAGUGGUGCUGUCUGCUCUAAUGAUCUCACACCUCGUUACGUCAGUGCCAUAAAUGGCGACUACCCCUCGGUUCUUGAGUAUGAAGUGCCGGCUUAUGUUGCAGACAGCAAAGUCGUCGAAGAUGGGGUUCCAUUUCUGCAUAUUCCUCCUUCGGAAACCGUCUAUUCAAUAUGGAUUGGGACAAAUGAUUUGGGUGCGGGCGCCUUUCUCACAGACGCUCAAGUUCCAGGAAAAACUAUCCCAGACUACACCAAUUGUGUGUUCUCGGCAUUAGACAAGGUGUAUGCGAAUGGUGCUCGAUUCUUUGUACUUCAGAAUGUCAUUCCCCUACAGCUUGCUCCACUCUAUGCAACGCCAGAGAGGCACGGAGUCUAUGUCAUCCAAGAAGGGAAUAAUAGCACCAAUGUCACUGAAGUUUCAUACAGGAUGUGGGAAACCGUGAGAAUGGUCAAUGAAAUUUUCAAGUACCAGCUCCCCUUUGAACUUCUCAUUCAGAACAGAUAUCCGGGUGCCAGGUUUGCUCUCAUGGAUAUGUACAGCUUAAUUGCGGAUAUUUACUUCAACCCGGAUGAAUAUCUAGCUUCGCCGGCCAAUGUAACUGGUUAUAUCGAUCAGUGCGAUGCAAAUGGAGACAAUUGUUAUCGCCUGUCGAACCAGGAUUCAUUUCUUUGGUUCAAUUCACUUCACCCAUCCACGAAAACCGAUUCAAUCAUCGCGGAGAAAUUUAUCGAGGUUGUCAACGGAAAUAGCAAGUACGCUACUUACUGGGGCUGA